AUGUCUUCCGAGGGGAGACAGAGACAACCUAUGAAAGUGCUGCGGCCUGUGGCCAGAGGCAACAAAGUCUUUUUCCUUGCGGGUUUCAAUUUUGGAAUUUGUUCUUAUUUUAUCACCUUCAGUAUAUCAGUUUUCAUUAGGCUUGCCAAUAACUCUACCCUGAAACAGAAGCUGUGUAGUUUCAAAACAGGAGCAACCCUAAGUCUUAAGUCUUCUCAAGAUCUGGUGAGGAUGUGUUCAUCUAGACUUCUUGUAGUCGGUGGCAAGUCCAAAAAUAUUGAAAACUGGUCCCGUGGGAGUUAUUGGACAUGCUACCACAAAAGAUUUCAUUGGGCACCAAAAUUCAUUAUUGGAACCAUCAUCUUCUACGGACUAUCCUAUUUGUGGGCUGUUAAAGUUGCUGCAAAGAUUUACCACAACCUUGUGACAAUGUUCGUCAUUUUUUCUACUGGUGCACUUUUUCAGUCAUCUUUUGAUUGUCUAACAUGGUAG